UGAAACCUAGUUCCGGUAUACCUCAUCUCAACCAACAGUGUUGCACCAUCUCCAGUUAGCAGCUCGAACAUUCUUACAAAGCGACAUAUUUUGCUGUUUCAUCCCGAAGUAUCGUUCUAAGACAUAAACCUGUAUUCCCCUCCUUACAGAUAACAUUAGCUAAGAAAAAUAUUUAACGUACAAAAUGGCCGAGUCAGACUGGAGUGACGUUACCUACAUCGGACACAGACCAGGGAAGGCAAGCCAGAUGAGAUCGAAGCAGGCUGUCAAUUCUGCCAUGAGAACAGGCACUGAUGUUGAGACAAGUAAAAAAUUCGCUGGUGGCCAGAACAAGCAACUGUCAGCCAACAAGAACACGGCCAAGCUGGACCGGGAGACGGAGGAACUUCACCACGAGCACGUCACUCUGGACGUGAGCAAGUUGAUCCAGCAAGGACGACAGGCCAGGGGCUGGACGCAGAAGGAGCUCGCCACGAAAAUCAAUGAGAAGCAGCAAGUGAUCAAUGACUACGAGGCGGGCAAAGCUAUCCCCAACCAGCAGAUUCUGAGCAAGCUGGAGAGAAAUUUGGGCAUGAAACUGCGUGGAAAGGACAAAGGCCAGCCGUUGGGAAAGAAGUAGAAUGACGUCCACCUGUACAGCUGGCCUGCAUGCCCUCACUGCCAUAGUAGUACGUCCCACAUGGUGGGGAGGAUACGCUCUCGCUCCGGACACAGCCCGCAGGCGUUUCAUUGUUUGCAUACUCCGAGGAUGCGGCCAGUCAUUCGUGGCCAGGUGGCCUGCGUUCAUCUAUUCUAUAUGCCUUUCUGUUCAUUGUUCUCAUCACCCACUCCGUGUGUCCUGACACAGCCCUCUGGGUCGACUGGCGGGGGCUUGCACAGCUCUGAGGAGGUGGGCGUUGGACAGGUACAGGCUCUCCGGCAACUUGUCUUCCUCAAACGAGUUAGUUUUUCUCGUCUUUGUUGCAACCGGUCAGACUGUGAGGAUUGGUUCAUUCAAGCUCUCUUGGGGUCGUGUUUCUCUUUCUGUCAGGCUGUUAGCUGACAGUGGUUUUGGGGCUCGCUUUUUUUUAAGCUGACAGUUGCCUCCAAAGUCAUAUAAACUGUUUUGGUGCAAACAAAUAUGGCAGGGCCUGGUGCUAGUCUAGUUUUUAUAUGCAGUCCUAAAUAGCAAGUUGUGUCUUUGAGUCUUCCGAUUUCUGCCUCUCUGCGCCCCCGCCCCAACUUCGUCUAUACUCAUAAUUGUGGUCUCAUUUAGGAUAGAAGUCCUGCUGUAACCAUGUUUAUGAGUACGGUAUCUUUAUAGUGAAAAUGUAUUGACUUUUGCAAAGUCCGUGAAAAUACUCAAAAGUUUUUGAUACAACGUUUGCUAAUGUGUGUGUGUACUGUAGGCUGUGUUUGAGUAUCUGGAAAGCACUGUGAUGUUAGUCUGUAUGAGAGGUUCUCCAGGGUUAUGAGCUCACAGCUCAUAGAUCAAUUGCUUUCUUUGGUAAGAGAGGUGUGUACUUUCUGAGAUCAAAUGUUCUUAAUUGAACAGCUUAGGCAAAGUUCACCAUGUAAAGAUCUGGUACAAAGUAAAAUAAAAAAUGAGAGAAUCGAACAAGUGGCUGUGGAGGCAACUGUUAGCUGCGGUCUGCUGUGUUCCUGUUGUUGUUUUGCUAAGCUGUGCCAAGAUCUGGCACAAGGAUAGAAGUAUUCUUCUCUCUUCCAGGGUUUUUGUUUUCCUUUGAUGGAAAUUAGUUUUAAUUUUUUUGUAGUUUUAUCCUCACAAGUUGCCAGUGUGAAGUCAGUGCUUGCCCCACCCCCUCCCUCUCCUCCUCUCCUGCCGCUGUUCUACUUCUGUCUCUGUCUCAGUUCAUUCCACUCUACAGGUUAUCGUUCAUCACAGACUCAUCAAUCCCCUCCCUCCUUUGAGACUUCUGCUUCAUCCGUUCAGAUAUUGUUGGCACACUGAGAAAUAAAGCGUUUUUAAACUCAA